AUGCCACCACCAAUGAGCCCAGCGAGUCGCAGCACAAGCACUCCCUCGCUGCCCCUGAGGCAGCCCGAAGCUCCCUCCUCCUCCGCACGCCCAGCUCCCACAUACUCAGCCGUGCAAAUCCCCCUUCUUACGCUGCCCAACAGCAGCUCUACGUCCGCCGCCGCCGCCGCCGUGCCUGUAUCGCGUCCGAUACAUGCCGAGAGCACGCACGGCUAUCUACCUGGCUCCGGUAUCUCACCUCGCACGGCCGCGGCUUCUGGCGUAGCCAGCAGCGUGGAAGGGGGUUCCUCGGGUCCGAAGACGCAUGGUUCAGUACCCAGUGCGCCGCAAAGUGCCGAUACUGCUGCCCGGAACGACAGUGCGGUGAGUACACAUGGGCCUACACUGCAGAUUCUGGCCAUCCAGAAGGGCCAUGUGAGUUCGCCCGGCGUGGAAUCGAAGGUGUCUGGUGGCGGAAUUGGAGGUUCUGGAAGGACGGUAGAGCCGUCGGAGGAGUUCGCAUCUAUGAUGCAGGCCAUCUCGGCAGUGCAGGGUGCGCUUUCGAUGGUCCCAGUGAACAAGUCUGGGGGCUUGUCGUCGGUGGCGAGGACGGUUCGGAGUAGGGCAGAAGUCUCUGUGGCGGGUUCUCGGGGUGGGAAGGCUGUUUCGUGCGCUCCCAGUGGAGCUUGUGUUGAAUCCUCGCAGGUCAAGGCGAGGUCUUCUGAGUUGCCAGUGGCGGAUACCGCGGUGACGCCCGUCUGGGAACGUACGCGACCGGUGUAUCAGGGCUGUGAGAGCGAGCGAGACUGGAUUGCCCGCACGAAACUCCACAGGCCAGACAUGUUUGAACGCGUGUUACAAGACGCUGUUGCGAGGAAAAAGGGCGAGAAGAAGCGAGAGGCCGCGAGGACGCCUUAUAACCACCGCCUCGACCUGCUCGCACAGCCGCGUCCGGGCGGCGCUCUGCCACGCCUCCUAUCCCAUUCGCCGUCGAAUGAGUUGUCCGACGCGGACACAUUAAGGCUUCUGGGUCGUAUCUCUGAUGCCAGCGGCAAAGGACUCCGGAAAUUCGAGAUGCCGGAUAUACGGGGCGUGCACCCGGGUCCGCUGCGAAUAAUCCUUCAAGGCCUAAGAGACGCAAGCAGGGAGGAGCAGGCGUGGAAUAAGAAGUACUGCGUCCAGAUGGCAGAGGGCCCAACACCGUGGCAAGAAAGGAGUGAUGCAGAUUUGGGUUUUGGCGCGCUCGAGCUGUCGGACCUGGCAAUCUAUGCCAUGGACGGCAUGGAUCUGGAAGUGCGUAUACGCGCGCUCGUGCCAUAUCUAGACGGCCUGCGCCACGCCAACAUCAUGUAUGAGGAUGAGAAAUGGAGCUGUUGGCGCCUGACUGGACGGUAUUUGCCGUCUCAUCCCCAUAGCGGUGGGCCGAGACUGGAUCAGUGUCUGCGAAACACACUCCUGAAGAGUCUUGCGUGGCCGUUCUGCAGGGAGUUGGUUGCCGAGCUCGAGGCUUCUUCUGAGCGUUGGAUCUUCGUGCUGGCGAGCCUACCAGAGGAGCUUGUGGGUGCGGAACUGGUGAGGGUGGCUGAAUAUUUUGUCAGGACCAACGGUCCUCAGUACAUACGGCUGAGUGAGGCCAAGCGCCAGCUUAUCGAGGUGCGACUACUCAAAGAGUUCAGUCGCGAGAGACAAACAUAUCCCUCGCUCAAGAAGGAGAGAUUAGCCAGUCGGAUGAAAGCUGGGCUGAUGAGGGAGUAA